AUGUCUCUUAGAAAUUUCGCAAGAUCCGCAACUAGAGCCUACUCUACUGCUGAACCAACCUUAAAGGAAAGAUUUGCUGAAUUGUUACCUGGCUGGCAGGCAGAAGUCAAGGAGUUGAAGUCAAAGCACGGUAAGACCGUUAUUGGCGAAGUUCUCCUUGAACAAGCAUACGGUGGUAUGAGAGGUAUCAAGGGUUUAGUUUGGGAAGGUUCUGUUUUGGACCCUGUUGAAGGUAUCAGAUUCAGAGGUAAGACUAUUCCAGAUAUUCAAAAGGAAUUGCCAAAGGCUGAAGGUAGUAGUGAACCAUUACCAGAAGCUUUAUUCUGGUUAUUAUUAACUGGUGAAGUCCCAACUCUUGCUCAAACUAAGGCAUUCUCUGCUGAAUUGGCUUCUAGAUCUGCUUUACCAAAGCAUGUUGAAGACUUGUUGGAUACUUGUCCAACAACUUUACACCCAAUGGCCCAAUUCUCUAUUGCAAUCAAUGCUUUAGAAUCAGAAUCCAAAUUCGCGAAGGCUUAUGCUGAUGGUGUCAAUAAGAAGGAAUACUGGAAAUACACUUAUGAAGAUUCCAUUGACUUGUUGGCAAAAUUACCUAAUGUUGCUGCAAAGAUUUACAGAAAUGUCUUUAAGGAUGGUAAGGUUGCUCCUGUCAAUGCUUCUCUUGAUUACUCCCAUAACUUUGCCAACAUGUUAGGUUUUGGUGAUAAUAAGGAAUUUGUUGAAUUGAUGAGAUUAUACUUGUCUAUCCAUUCCGAUCAUGAAGGUGGUAAUGUCUCUGCUCAUACCACCCAUUUGGUUGGUUCUGCUUUAUCUUCUCCAUACUUGUCCUUGGCGGCAGGUAUGAAUGGUUUAGCAGGUCCACUACAUGGUAGAGCUAACCAAGAAGUUUUGGAAUGGUUAGUUGGUAUGAAGAAGGAAUUAGGUGAUGACAUUUUCAACAAGGAAAAAAUCGAAGAAUACUUGUGGAAGACCUUGAACGCUGGUAGAGUUGUUCCAGGUUAUGGUCAUGCAGUUUUAAGAAAGACCGAUCCAAGAUAUACCGCUCAAAGAGAAUUUGCUCUAAAGCACAUGCCAGAUUACGACAUGUUCAAGUUGGUCUCCAACAUUUACGAAGUUGCUCCAAAGGUUCUCGCUGAACAAGGUAAGACCAAGAACCCAUGGCCUAAUGUCGACUCCCACUCUGGUAUCUUGUUACAAUAUUACGGCUUGACCCAAGAAUCUUACUACACUGUCUUGUUUGGUGUUGCUAGAGCAUUUGGUGUCUUACCUCAAUUGAUCAUUGACAGAGGUUUAGGUAUGGCCAUUGAAAGACCAAAGUCCUUCUCCACUCAAAAGUACAAGGAAUUAGUUGAAAACUUAAACAAGGCUUAA